GUUCCGCUUCGACCCCUAGCCUGGGAACUUCCAUGUGCCUUGGGUGCGGCCCUAAAAACAAAAAAAAUGAUGAUAAUAAUUUUGUUUCAGGGAAGAAACUAAGCCCAUCCAAGAUGUUUAUGACUGUUGAUUUUACUUCAUCAAUCUGUUAUUCUUAUCCUCAAGGAAGUCUAUUCUCAGUAACGCCUAUCAAGUCAAUCAUGGAGACUGGCCAUAAUGACCUUAUUUUUUUAUAAUGACCUUAUUUUUAUCCUCCUGGAUAGAUUGAGGUGCUUUUCAACUGCAAAAUGAUUUCAUCUGUCCAGAGUUAGAUUUUAUUUAGCUUUAUUUUAGCAGAGGUUGAAGUAUUGUGAAAAAAUCCUCAUUUUUAAUCCUCCAUCAUUGUAGCCCUUACUUGAAGUGAAUUUUGCUCAAAUUUAAUUGAUUUCACUCUCAAUAAAUAUAUGAAAUCAUUCUGAAGUGAAUUUAUGUUUGGUGUAUUUUGAAUACGUACAUGUGCACUGACCCAUUUAAUGUAUUCUCAGGAAAUUUAGAAAUAUGUUUUCCCAUUUGUCUGAAAUUGAUGAGACAGGAAUGAGUACAGCCAUGAUGAAUCAUCACUGAAUCCCAUGGUACCCAUGCAAAUAUAAUUUCAUCUUUCACACUACCUUAUUUGGUCUAUAUUUAUAGAACCUAGUGUCAUCCUUGUUGUUCAAGAACGGUAGAGGUGAUUCUUGAACAUUCCUGAGCACUGCAUUAUACUCUUAGAAUGGGAAAUAUACUUGGACCUUGAUUAAUUAAUUAAUGUAGCAGGGAAAUUUGACCAAAAAGUUACAAUAAAAUGAACAAGCCUAAUAAAAACGUGAUCAAUUUAUCCAUACAAAAAUGAAGUGAAGGAAUUCCUUUUUUGCUCAGCAGGUUAAGUAUUGGGUAUUGUCACUGCUGUGGCUCUGGUUACAGCUGUGGCAUGGAUUUUGAUCCCUGGCCCAGGAACUUCCCCAUGCCACAUGCACCAUCAAAAAAAGAAGUGGAAUCAUGAAAUGCUUACUUAUGACCGAUACCUGAUUGCUCCCAGUCUCUCUUUUAAAGAAUUAAUUUCAUUAGAUAUUUCUAUCAUGCUUGGCUUCAAGUUUCCUAAUAGCCUAAUGGUUCCCUUUACUGUGCGGGUGUGAUUAUAAAACAAAGGAAGUGUGUUCUUCAUACAAUUUUAUUCAUCACAUAAUUUAGAGAAACGAUUGUUUACCAUUGGUCUUCUAACCAACCUUUACAUUUUCUAUGGUUUGUUGAUUGGACAAUUAAAGUGUAUUUCUUGGAUUCAGAAAUGACACUGCUCCUCAGUGACAAGCUGCUCUGCCAGUGAAUCAAAGUCGAUUAUAGGAAGUUUAUAUUACCUGAAGGAAUGAUUCUUAAAGGUGUCAGUAUGCAUCAGAAUCGCUUCAGGAGAAAGACUGCAGUGUGGGUUUCUGUGAGCCCUGCCAGAGAAUGUGAUUCAAGAUCUAGGGCCCAGGAAUUGACUUUGAAUUUUAAAAAACCCAAGACUCCCAGGCAAGUCUUUAUGCAUGGGGUUCACAACACUGCAAUUUGAGAAAUGCUGGCUUAUUCUCAAAAAUCUUUAUAAUGCUCAGAUUUGGGGAUAUGGCUUUCACCGGCAACGCCUCAUGAAGUUACUAACUUGAACGCAUGGUGGCAGUGCAGGCUAAGAGUGAACACACGCUCUCGGCGGACUCCAUUGCACCGAGAAACCCAAGGGAAAAAUACAGAACACAUUUACAGCUAAAGCCAAGACAGACGUGUUCAGGAAGGCAGUCACUGCCAGACAAGUUAUGAGAACGAAUCUGAAAUUCUAUAGCUGACAUUUUGGACGGUCAACGGUGGACGUGGUGAUUGGGACUGGAAAAGGAUUUUCCCUCUGGAACCGGGCAUAGCAAUGGAAAUGACACAAACAAAAGCACAUCGUAAAAGGCAAGUGGUGAUCUUCAUUAUAUUGAUGCUUUGGUGGGCGGCAGGUUCGGAACUGUUUCAGUAUUCUGUGUUGGAGGAGACAGAAAGUGGCACAUUCGUGGCCAACCUGACAAAGGACUUGGGACUCCGGAUGGGAGAGCUGGCCGCCCGGAGCGCCCGAGUUGUUUUUAAAGGGAAUCGGCAGCCUUUGCAGUUUGACUCACAGACCUAUGAUUUGCUGCUAAGUGAUAAACUGGACCGGGAGGAGUUGUGUGGUUCCACUGAGCCCUGUGUGCUACCUUUCCAAGUGCUGCUGGAAAAUCCCUUGCAGUUUUUCCAGGCUGCCUUGCUAAUUGGAGAUAUAAAUGACCACGCCCCAGAGUUCCCUGCUGGAGAAAUGCUACUAAAAAUAUCAGAAAUUACUAUGCCAGGAAAGGCAUUUCCUUUGAAAAUGGCACAGGAUUUAGACGCUGGGAGCAACAGCCUUCAGAGCUACAUAAUCAGCUCCAAUCCCCACUUCCACGUUCUUACUCGCAACCGCAAGGAUGGCAGAAAAUCCCCGGAGCUGGUGCUGGACAAAGCGUUGGACCGCGAGGAGCAGCCCGAGCUCAGACUAACCCUCACAGCGCUGGAUGGAGGGUCUCCGCCCCGGUCUGGGACCGCAGAGAUUCAGAUCCUGGUCCUGGACAUCAAUGACAACGCCCCUGAGUUUGCUCAGGAGUUCUACGAGGCUCAAGUCCCUGAAAAUAGCUCCCUCGGCUCUCUGGUUAUCACUGUCUCAGCAAGAGAUUUAGACGCAGGAUCCUUUGGGGAGGUUUCUUAUGCCCUAUUUCAAGUCGAUGACGUUAACCAACCUUUUGAAAUAAAUGCAAAUACAGGAGAAAUUCGACUGAGAAAGACUCUGGAUUUUGAAAAAUUUCAAUCAUAUCAGGUGGAUAUUGAGGCCACAGAUGGUGGGGGACUAUCAGGAAAAUGCUCUCUACUCAUCAAGGUCCUGGACGUGAAUGACAACGCUCCCGAAUUGACCAUAUCCUCACUUACCAGCCCCAUCCCUGAAAACCUGCCAGAGAUCAUAGUGGCAGUUUUCAGUGUAUCAGAUGCAGAUUCUGGACAUAACCAACAGGUUAUUGUUUCUAUAGAUGAGAGUCUUCCCUUUCUUCUAAGACCAUCCCUGGAAAAUUUCUACACCUUGGUAACAGAAGGACCGCUGGACCGAGAGGAAAGAGCCGAGUACAACAUCACCAUCAGCGUCAGCGACCUGGGGACCCCCCGGCGGCACACCCAGCACAACCUGACCGUGCGCGUGGCCGACGUCAACGACAACGCGCCCGCCUUCAGCCAGUCCGCCUACACCCUGCGGGUCCGCGAGAACAACAGCCCCGCCCUGCACAUCGGCACCGUCCGCGCCACCGACGCCGACGCGGGCGCCAACGCCCAGCUCACCUACUCGCUGCUGCCGCCCUCCGACCCGCACCUGCCCCUCGCCUCGCUCGUGGCCAUCAACCCCGACACCGGCCAGCUCUUCGCCCUGCGCGCCCUCGACUACGAGGCCCUGCGCGCCUUCGACUUCCAGGUGCGCGCCGCCGACCGCGGCGCGCCCGCGCUCAGCAGCCAGGCGCGGGUGCGCGUGCUCGUGGCCGACGCCAACGACCACGCGCCCGUCGUGCUCUACCCGCCGCCCAACGCCUCGGCGCCCUGCACCGAGCUGCUGCCCCGGGCGGCCGAGCCGGGCUACCUGCUCGCCAAGGUGGUGGCGGUGGACGGCGACGCGGGCCAGAACGCCUGGCUGUCCUACCGGCUGCUGCAGGCCACCGAGCCCGGGCUCUUCGGCGUGGGCGCGCACAGCGGCGAGGUGCGCACGGCCCGGCCGCUGAGCGAGCGCGACGCGCCCCGGCAGCGGCUGCUGCUGCUGGUGCGGGACCACGGCGAGCCGCCGCUCUCGGCCAGCGUCCCGCUGCACGUGCUGCUGGUGGACGGCUUCUCGCAGCCCUACCUGCCGCCGCCCGAGGCCCCCGGCCGGGCGCCGGGCGCCGGCGCCGGCGCGGACGAGCCGCUCACCGUCGCCCUGGUGGGGGCGCUGGCGUGCGUGUCGGCGCUGCUGGUGGGGGCGCUGCUGGCCUUGGCGGCGGGGCGGCUGUGCCGGCGGGGCGGGGCGGCCUCGGCGGGGGGCUGCGCGGGGCCCGCGGAGGGCGGCGUCCCGGGCCAGCUGCUGGACGUGGGCGGCACGGGCACCCUGGCCCACGGCUACCGCUACGAGGUGUGUCUGGCGGGGGGCACUGGGACCAGCGAGUUCAAGUUUCUGAAGCCGAUCCUCCCCAGCUUUCCUUCCCAGGGUCCAGGGAGGGAAAUGGAGGAAAACCCCACCGUUCGCAAUAGUUUCCUAUUCAGUUAAGUACCAAAUUAUUCUAUUACGCCCUACUUAAUAAGUUUGGAAACGUCUUUUACCUUUCAACUAUAUAAUAUUAAUGCAUGUUAUUGACAGUCCAUUUCUUGAUUAUUACUGCUUAGUGUGAAAAUUUUAAAAAAUCAGGUGCUAGGUAUGCACAGUAUUUUCCCUAUAUUACCUUUAGUGGUUUUUAAAUGUUACUCCUACUCAAGUAUAUUUGAACAUCUGAAUAAGAAAAUUUUAUUUGCAUAUUUUAAAAAUUUGAAAUUUAAUUAUCUAUCUUUUUACAAAAAGUUUAUAUUCCAGAAUCCUCAAGUAAGAUUAUAUUUCUAAGUAGUGGCGACAACUGCCAUCAAUAUUGCCAUAGAGAGAAAUAAUUAAAUGUAUUUGAUAAUUUGCCAAUA